CUGCACCUGGGCUUGACGGCGGCGCUGGCCCGCGGCUGCCUGCACUGCCACAGCAACUUCUCGGAGAAGUUCUCCUUCUACCGCCACCAUGUGAACCUCAAGUCCUGGUGGGUGGGCGACAUCCCCGUGUCGGGGGCGCUGCUCACCGCCUGGAGCGACGACACCAUGAAGGAGCUGCACCUGGCCAUCCCCGCGGAGAUCACCCGGGAGAAGCUGGAACAGGUGGCGAGAGUCGUGUACAAGAGGAUGGAUCACCUGUACCAGGGGAAGAUGUAUUCCCCGGGGUACUUCCCCAACGAGCUGCGAGCCAUCUUCCAGGAGCAGGUGCGCCUCAUCCAGAAUGCCAUCAUUGAAGGUCGCAUCAACUGUCAGCAUCACUGCGGCAUUUUCCAGUAUGAGACCAUCUCCUGCGGCAACUGCACAGACUCCCUUGUCGUCUGCUUUGGCUACAACUGCGGGUCCUCAGUACAGUGGGAGUUGGCCGUGGAGGAACUCCUCAAUUACAUAAAUGACUGGCACAAGUAA